ACCAGUUCUCUUGUGCUUACAAUGCAAAAAAAAGAAAAAAGAAAAAAAAAUUAAGCUCAAAAAAGUGCAUGGUCUAGAAGAGGGAGGAGCCUUUGCCAGGAAGUUUGUAAAUUGAGAGGCCCUGCUGCACCUUCGGUAUAAAAGGGGGACACCGGGCAGGAGAUCUACACAUUAGGGACUUGCUCUUAUACUACCAUAGCCACAACGCAGCCUUGCAGAAAACAGAGCUUCAGCAUGCCUGGCUCAGCACUGCUAUGUUGCCUGCUCUUACUGGCUGGAGUGAAGACCAGCAAAGGCCAUUCCAUCCGGGGUGACAAUAACUGCACCCACUUCCCAGUCAGCCAGACCCACAUGCUCCGAGAGCUGAGGGCUGCCUUCAGUCAAGUGAAGACUUUCUUUCAAAAGAAGGACCAGCUGGACAACAUACUGCUGACAGAUUCCUUACUGCAGGACUUUAAGGGUUACUUGGGUUGCCAAGCCUUGUCAGAAAUGAUCAAGUUUUACCUGGUAGAAGUGAUGCCCCAGGCAGAGAACCAUGGCCCAGAAAUCAAGGAGCAUUUGAAUUCCCUGGGAGAGAAGCUGAAGACCCUCUGGAUACAGCUGCGACGCUGUGUGAGUAGCAGACCAGUUCUUUCCCCUGUAGCCACCCAACAAACACUGUCUCCUACAAUCCAGCCAGGCCAUGCGCAUCCAGACACACACAGACUAGACAGAGGACUAGGUAAAUCUAGAGGGACACCCGGAGUCAGAUCUCUUGCUUGUCUGUCUCUGGGCGAGAGUGGGGGUGGCUUUGAGGCGAUCACACGUGAAGAUUUGCGUAUAGCCUUCCUGUUAUUUGUGAGUCAUUGUGGGUCAUUAGCUACUCCCCUCUCUUCAAGGGAAGGCUAGGGCUUCAGUCAUAGUUCCCUCGUGUUGGGGCUGCCAGCCAAGGCUCCCCAAGCAGAGGAAAACAUUGGUCUCUGUAUCUCCUCUUUUGGAAAGCAAAGUCAGUGCCACACACCUGGGCUGAUAGAAAUCUCCCCGGUAUUUCAGAAGGGCCAGAAGACUACUGUCUCUAAGCCAGUAUCUAUGAAUAGCAUAUCCAGGACAUCUAUGUCUCUGACUGAAGUGAUUCCUUCGCUGCUGUUGUUUCUUCUUUCUUCUCUCACCGAUACUGGAAAAUCAGUUGGAGUCUACCUGUGCCCAACGAUGGUUCUGGCCCAACAAUUUGGCGCCAGUAACUGAGGCUUUUUCCGAUCCACUCUCAGACACCUAGAAAUAGCUCAUGGUGGUUGAGAUUGGAGCUAGACAAGGAGAGACAUUAAAAACAUAACAUGUUUUGGGGCUGGCUCGGAGGAACAAAACCCAAGACCUACCUAAGUUCACACCCACGCUCAGCAAACCAUGAUUUCAAAGACAUACAUUGUAUCUUCUUUAGGCUGUUUUCCUCGGCACAGAAAGAUAAAGGGCCAAUCAUGGCUCAGUUCUCCCUGGGGGCUAGGAAGUAGAUAUCGAAGAUAAGCAAGGGUAGCUCCUUCCUCAUUACAAGAAGAUAGUUUCCUCCCAAGAGCCAUGGAUACAGGGUUCGAGCAAGAAUUAUCAACACUCUUUUUUUUUUUUUCUUCUACAGCAUCGAUUUCUCCCCUGUGAGAAUAAAAGCAAGGCAGUGGAGCAGGUGAAGAAUGAUUUUAAUAAGGUAAGCCUGGGCCAUGGCAAAGAGAACGCGUGGAACGUGACCUCCGUCCGUCCACUCGCAAGGGCAGAAAGAGGGCCCGACCUAUUCCGACCGAACCUGGAGUGUGGGAACCAGCAAAUGGUGUGACCUCCUCUGCCAGUUAGAAAGCCACCACCUCAGUCACAUUUGUUUUCUGCAAAGCGUCUCUGGCAGUUUCUAAAUGACUGCUCCACUUUUGCAGGCUUUUGGCUUAGACUGACCAGACAGCCUAUAAGCGCAGAGCGCUAGGUGCUGGGGAGAGCGCCGUAGGAAACAGAAAGUACAGAAAGUACCUUGUUGGGAAACAGGCAGAACCCACAAGUACAGAAAGCAGACAUGCAUGAGUGCACGCAGGUACAUCUUGGGGCUCAGCCUGGAUGCUCCUCGGAACCAGAAGGAGCAGGAAGCAGAAUUCUUAGGGGUCCCAGGGCACUCUCCACCUGGCAAACAAAAUGAGGUUUCAUACUUCCUUCUGCCUGUGAACCUAUUCAACCCUAGUUCCCAGAAGCCAUGUGGCCCACAUCUUCUUUGUGGGCUAGGCAGAGCUCCAACAUCAGUGGGCAUGGAUUCCAUGACAGCAGGCCAGAGCAGCGGGGUGAAGACUGCCUACACACGCAAAACAUUAAAAAAAAAAUGUUUUUCCUUGUUAUCUCUAUCACUGUCCUGCUUUGAAAUUGCUUCCUCUAGCAUCUUUGCAUAACAUUCUGCAUACGCAUUAUGUGGGCACUGGCCUCUGGGGGGGGGGGGGGGAGUUGAAAAGGCUCUACUCUGAAGACAGUGCUUUGAGAACCGAAUGCUUCCCUUUCCCUACUGACCCCUGGCAGUGCUUAAAGUCGGAGAAGGUGCAAGGGAAGACACAGCCCCUUCCCAAAGCAGAUGAACAAAUCUGCUUUGGGUCCUUCAGCUCCCAACACAAGAAAGCUGAGAUCUUUCUACACUCAGUGGCCUUCCUAGUGCAGGGAGCCCCUCAGCCCUCCAAUGGGUCCUAACCAGAUUCUUCUCUCCCCACACAGCUCCAAGACAAAGGUGUCUACAAGGCCAUGAAUGAGUUUGACAUCUUCAUCAACUGCAUAGAAGCCUACGUGACACUCAAAAUGAAAAAUUGAACCACCCGGCAUCUACUGGACUGCAGGACAUAAAUAGAGCUUCUAAAUCUGAUCCAGAGAUCUUAGCUAACGGGAGCAACUCCUUGGAAAACCUCGUUUGUACCUCUCUCCAAAAUAUUUAUUACCUCUGAUACCUCAGUUCCCAUUCUAUUUAUUCACUGAGCUUCUCUGUGAACUAUUUAGAAAGAAGCCCAAUAUUAUAAUUGUACAAUAUUUAUUAUUUUUUAAUCUGUGUUGUUUAAGCUGUUUCCAUAGGGGACAUUUUAUAGUAUUUGAGUGUUCAAAGGGAAAUUAUAUUAUAUAAUGGGAGGGGAGCUUCCUUGGGAAGCAACUGAAACUUCGAUCCUAAGGCUGGCCACACUUAAGAGCUGCAGAGCUGUUUACCAAUGGUGUCCUUUCACUUGCCCUCAUCCCUGAAUUCAGGACUCCUGGGAGAGUUGUGAAGACUCUCAUGGGUCUUGGGAAGAGAAACCAGGUUGCUCCUUCCAUGAUUAUCCUUGCAACAGCUCAGCGCAUCUCCCUGCCAUCACUCUGCAACCACUUCCAGUCUCGAAAGCUGUGACCAGUUUGUUAUUUAUAACCACCUAGAAUUAGUUCUAAUAGAACUCAUUUUUAACUAGAAGUAAAUCAAUUCCUCUUGGGAAUGGCGUAUUGUUUGUCUGCUUUUGUAGCAGAUCCUCGUUUUGAAUAAAUGGAUCGUACUCAAAUCA